AUGACCAAAUUAAUACAGAAAAAACGUAGUGAGAUUCCUUGUUACUGGGAAAAUCAGCCAAUGGGAUGUCAGAAACUAAACUGCGCUUUCCAUCACAAUAGAGGACGUUAUGUUGAUGGCCUUUUCCUACCUCCAAGCAAAACUGUGUUGCCCACUGUGCCUGAGUCACCAGAAGAGGAAGUGAAGGCUAACCAGCUCACAGUUCAACAGAACAAAUUGUCUGUCCAGUCUAAUCCCUCCCCUCAGCUGCGAAGUGUUAUGAAAGUAGAAAGUUCAGAAAAUGUUCCUAGCCCCACCCAUCCACCAGUUGUAAUCAAUGCUGCAGAUGAUGAUGAAGAUGAUGAUGAUCAGUUUUCUGAGGAAGGUGAUGAAACCAAAACACCCAUCCUGCAACCGCCUCCCGAAGUUCAUAAUGGAUUACGGACAGCCUCUGCCCGGAAACCUGGGGUCAAUUUGAAGCAAGGUGAAUGUUUGAAUUUUGGAAUAAAAACUCUUGAGGAAAUUAAGUCAAAGAAAAUGAAGGAAAAAUCCAAGAAGCAAGGUGGUAAGUCAUCAGUUUUGACAUGGAUGGUUGAAUUUUGCUGGAGAAGGACAAGGACACUUAUUAAGGACACUGGCAGCAGCCAAAAUGAGCACAUAGAAAAUGAGCACAUAGAUUUUGACUUCUGUGGCUUGUUUGAAGUAAAACACAGACUUAUUUCUAAGUUGUCUCCAUUUGUAGGUGGUGACAGUGAUCCUCCAUUAAAGCGUAGCCUUGCACAGAGGUUGGGGAAGAAGGUGGAAGCUACAGAAACUAACACUGACAAAGCACCAAAGAAAGUUCAUGUUUCCAAGUCUCUGAAGGAGCGAUUAGGCAUGUCAGCUGGUCCCAACAGUGAGGAGGCAGGAGAGAGAGUCACUAAAGUUGGUGAGAUCCAUGUGAAGACAUUAGAAGAAAUUCUUCUUGAAAAAGCUAGUCAGAAACGUGGAGAAUUGCAACCUAAACUCAAGACAGAAGGACCUUCAAAAGUUGAUGAUUCUACUUUAGGAACAAGAAGCCCCUCCACUAUCCGAAUCAAAACCUUCUCUGAGGUCCUGGCUGAAAAGAAACAUCGGCAGCAGGAAGCAGAGAGGCAAAAAAGCAAAAAGGAUGUAACUUGCAUCAAGCUAAAGACAGAUAGUGAAAUUAAAAAAACAGUGGUUCUGCCACCUAUAGUUACCAGCAAAGGACAAUCAGAGGAGCCCACAGGUAGAACAAAGUCUAUGCAGGAGGUGCACAUCAAGACACUGGAGGAAAUUAAACAGGAGAAGGCACUGCGGGUACAGCAGAGCUCUGAGGGCAGCACCAGCUCCCAGCCUCAGCCUGAGGCCACCCCAGGGGCAAGGCGGCUUCUCCGAAUCACAAAAAAAACAGGUAUAAAAGAAGAGAAGAAACUUCAAGAAGGAAGUGAAGUUGCUUCCCAGAGCAGUGUUAUUAGAACAGAGGCUAAAGAGGUGAGUUUAUUUAAGAUCAUUUCAUACCUUUUAUUUAUAUAUUUUCUGUCCCUUGUAGCUAAACCCAAAGUCAAUGUGAAGCCAUCUGUGGUUAAAGUUGUCUCAUCCCCCAAAUUGGCCCCCAAACGCAAGGCAGUGGAGGCCCACCCUGCUGUCAUUGCAGCUGUGAAGCCACUCAGCUCCAGCAGCGUCCUACAGGAAAGCCCCACCAAAAAAGCAGCUGUGGCGGUUGUCCCACUCCUUUCUGAGGACAAGUCAGUCACUGUGCCUGAGAUGGAAAAACCUAGAGACAGUCUUGUGCUGCCUCCAACCCAGUCCUCUUCAAAUUCCUCCCCACCGGAAGUAUCUGGCCCUUCUUCAUCUCAGAUGGCCACGAAAACUCGCCGACUGAGCUCCACCUCAACAGGAAAGCCCCCGCUUUCUGUGGAGGAUGAUUUUGAGAAACUAAUAUGGGAGAUUUCAGGAGGCAAAUUAGAAGCUGAGAUCGACUUGGAUCCUGGGAAAGAUGAAGAUGACCUUCUGCUUGAGCUAUCAGAGAUGAUUGAUAGCUGAAGGCAGUAGAACAUUUAAAAAAAAAAAAAACAAAAACUGGACUUAGUUUCAUCUAUUAUAACAUUUACCCAAGAUGAUCAUUUCUUUAGUCUAGAAUUUGCCCCCAGUCAGAAGUAUACCUCUGAAUUACCUGUAUGUGUCCUGGAUUCCUUGGGGUCAGAUUUUUGAAGUCCCUUGAUAACCAUUUUGUCCAUUCGAUGCCAUGGUUUAGCAUCUAUGAGAAAAAUAUUCUGUCUUACACCUCUCCACAGAAAAACUGAGAGGGAGAGCCAAGUCAAAGGGUGCAAGAGAACUUAGUGACUCCUUGAGGUGUUUGUCAGUUUGGGCUUUUUUCCUCUUUGCUCUAGUAUUUCUUUUAUGUAUUGUCUUAAUGUACUUAUUAAUGUAGUCUGAGUUUGAAAAGGAUGAAGACCAGCUGCUGCCAGUGAGGACCAAAUUUCACACUACCACUAAACAAAAGAUCCACUCUGUCUGUGUUAAAUUGUAUGUCUUUUUAAAGGUAUUUGGAGAUUCAACUAAGCUUUAGAGAAGGCUGAGCAGCUCCGGAAGCUUGUAAUCUGGACAUAACUUUUUGAACCUGAUUUCUCCAUGCUUCUGCUGCUCUGUCAGCCUCUGAAGAGCAAUAGCUAAUUUAUUAUUACUGUAAUUUUUUAAGGCUUUAAAGUGCCUCAGGGGUCCUCUGAAACUAAUUUUCUAUUUCUGGGAUUCCCUGGAUUCUUAAUAAGAGAUGGUGACAUAAUGAUUAGAGGAAUUCUUUUUUUAGCAUGAAAGUUGUCCUUUCUCUUCUUCAAUACUUGCCUCCUACUGGCAUUGAAUUCUCACAGGAAUUAAAAUUGGUUAAUUUUUUAUUUCUAACUCUCCCAGCAAACUCCUCUUGCCCAGUUAUUUAUUUGGUGCCCUUUAACCACCAGAGGGGAACAAAUGAACUCCUCCAAGCUGCCAAUAUUUAUCUCUGGACUGUAGCAGUACACCGAACUGUACUGUAGCGAGGAUGAUUGAGAUGCUCUGGGGGUGUAUUGUAUACCUUCCAGUUUUCUUCGUUUCUGAAUUGAAUUUUCUUUUCUUGAUGUCAGUCUCCUUCAUAUCACCUCAAGGUUUAGACUUGUGAAGGAACAAGUACGAUGGGGAUAAGAGUCUUGAAAGGAGACAUACUGUACAUAAUCAGAAGGAAGAGGAAAGAAGGACCUGUCCGUUUUGAUACUUUGCCGUAGGUGGCCAGUUUGGUUUCUCACAGGGAAAUCUGAUCCACCUGUCGUGUUGGCUCCUAAGGAACUGCUGUUGUAAGCGGCUCAUCAAGAGUUGAACCUCAUGUAGCCUUGUUGGGAAUAUGGAAAAGGAAGAAAGCCACAGGACUGCCCAUUCAGUCUUGGGAAGAUCUGGAUGAUUCUGCACAAGCAAAAAUGACUUGAAAUUUAUGUAUAGACACCUCUCUACCAAUCCAUCUUCAGCUGACUGAAUGUUGUAUAAUAGCCCUUCUCCAAAGCAAGGGUGGAAUGUUCUGGUUUCACAGAUUUUCUACUCAUUUCAUUUUUGGAAUCAGCUUAAAGAUUCCAGGUCCCUUUUGUAUAUAACCUUUAUUCUUUUGCUUUUUUAAAAAUAAUUUUGUUUCAUAUUUAAAGUCCUUGUAUUAGUCAGUGAUUCAUGUUCAGCAUUAUUUGAACCAUUUGCCAUUACAAGAAAGAGAAAUACUUAUUUGUGUUUUAAAUAAAACUGGUGUAGGAAAGUCUGGACUUCA